UCUGCAGUCUGUAAUGUACACAUCACUACAAGUCUGGCGCUUCCUUCUUUAGAAGCUCGUUCUCACGGUCUAAGAGGCUGGAGAUUGAUGUGCUUGUGUGAGUUUAGGUGAUUGUCAUGGUGUGCGCCCAAGUGCUGGGAUUCAUACUCGCAGCACAGAACCUAGGGCCCACUUGGGGUCAGUCAAUUCCCACAAGCCCUUGCCCUGAUGUGUUUCAGUACCAGGUGGAUUCUUCUGGCAACUGGUAUGGCCACAUUAGCAUCCCAGCUCCGCAACCAGGCUAUACGUUCAGGACAUCUGUUGAGCUGGCUAUAGAUGCUGUUCUACCCACACAAUAUGUUGGUGCAUUGAAACUUUUGGAAAAUGAGAAUGAGGUGUGGAGGAGAAUUAAUUUGGGGGAUAGGCGGCCCAUUCAAUUUCAUCUGUAUUUCCCUCUGUCCUGGCCUUUGCCAUUAGUGAGAAGCAUCACUUCAAAUGAGAAUGUUAUCUGCAUAGGCAACACACCAAAUAAAAUCUUGACAAAAGUGUCUUUGGAGCAUAUUCUCUAUCCAAUCAGGGGACCAGCAUUCCUGAGACAGAAUUAUAAUGCAAAUCAUCUAAGCAAUGCAUUCUCUUCAUAUGCAACACCCUGUCCAAGUGUGUUUCAAUAUCAACUAAGCAGUUCUGGGGAGUGGCAUGGAAUAAUCAAUGUUCCAAACCCUUAUCCUGUUGUUGCAGUUGACAUAAGAGUUGAGAUGUAUGCUGCAGGAACUGUACCUUUGAUGACCAAGGGAUUUCUUGGGCUGAAAAAUAAUCUGUAUGAAGAGUGGAACAGGAUCCGGACAGGGUUAAAGUAUUACAUCCAGUACAAGUUAGAGUUUCCCACGUACAAAUCAGAUUCUUCCCUGAAACCUCCUUUGCCUACAAUCAAAAGUAUAACUGUAAACAAUGAAGUGAUCUGCAGAGGGGACAAACCGGAUUUUUCUUUACUGAUAACGCUUUCAUAUCAACAUUCUCUAUUCAGUGACAAAUGUACUUCGAGUAGCCUAAAUUGUCCUUACAACAUCGAUCAGUCUGUGCAACAGCGCAACAAUCCAACACUUGGUGUCUACAGACCUGUGCCUCCAACUUAUGAUCCAACAUCUGCAAUAUACAUGCCUUCACCUCCAACAUAUGAACCAACACUUGCAGUCUAUAAGCCUUCAUCUCCAAAUUAUGAGACAACACCUGCAACCUACAAGCCUUCAUCUCCAACUUACGAACCAACGCCUGCAGUCUAUGGCACAUCACUUUCAACUCACAAAACAACAUCUCAAGUCUACGCACCAUUGCCUACAGUCUACAAGCAAGUAACACCCAAAAUGCCUGUGCCUCCACCAGUGUACAUAUCAGAACCUACAAAGCAAGAAACAGAUCCAGGCAAAGGAACACAAUGUGGAACACUAAUAAUAAGAAGUAACCCACUCAUCACUCAUGGAGAAGAUACAUUCCAUGGUCAGUGGCCCUGGCAUGCAGCUCUGUACUUGUAUGUGAACCGUGAUAUUAGAUACAUGUGUGGUGGGUCUUUUGUUGGCACCAGAAGUGUUAUCACAGCUGCCCACUGUGUCACCAAAAAGGAAAAACCAAUACGUCCAGGCGAUUUCAUAGUUUACUUAGGAAGAUAUAACCUCAGAAAUCUGAAUGAGGAAGGCUCUCAGAACAAAGAUGUGAUUUUGAUACAUGUGCAUCCCUCAUACAAUGGAACGUCCACCACUGGAGAUAUAGCUCUGCUGAUCCUUUCCAGCACUGUACAGGUCACUGCAAUUGUGAGACCUGUGUGCCUCUGGGGUCAAGAUGAUAGUAAUCUUGCUGAUAUAGUCAACAAAGAGGGUUUGGUGGUUGGCUGGGGUUUAAAUGAAAAUGACGAGCCUACAGAAAUUCUGAUGAUGGUGAGCAUGCCCGUAGUUAGCCAGCAGACUUGCAUCUGGAGCGAUCCCAACUAUUACUCCCAGUUCACCUCCAACAAAACCUUCUGCGCAGGAUUUCGAAAUGGUAGUAGCGUAUGUAACGGUGACAGUGGUGGCGGAAUGGUGUUUCCCAAGUAUCAGAGCAACGGCACUCAAAUUUGGAUGCUCCGUGGUAUUGUCUCCCACAGUAGGCUAAGAUAUGGUUAUGCUAAUAUUUGUGAUACUAGAAGUUACAUAGUCUUCACAGAUGUUGCACAGUAUUUGAACUGGAUAUAUGAAAUCCUAGUUUAACAUACAGUCCAAAGUUAUAGUCAUUUAGUAUGGCAUGGAGCUUGUGAGUUCAUCAGAAUCCCAGACUUGCAAAGUAAUAUUUCAGUUUUUAAGUUUUAAAGGACUCUUCUUUCAGAUGUGGAAGAGAUGGCCUCAAGAUAUAUACAAGUAGUUAAGCAUGCCAAACCUGCAACUGAUAGCAGCUCUGAUUCUCCAGCUAAGAAUUGGCUAUUGAGUUAAGAAUCUCUAUGAAAUAAUACUGUAUUACUAAAUUGCUUCUUAAUUUGACUGAUGGACUUCAGUGCUACAGCUUGAUUGCUGCAACAUAAACCAUGAAGAGGAACAUGCAGAAGGGAAUUGAGGUUUUCAUGGCAGUGAGAAUUCAAAACUCAGGCUCCCUGAAAAUGGAAGUAGCAUGUUUGCCAAAGCAUUGAUACCACCUGCCAGAUUAUGUGGUGUCAGAAUGUAAAGAAAAAAAAACUAUCCCUGUAACAGACCUUGGAGGCCCGUAGGGUUCUGAGAUAUCGAGGCUCCCACAUUUCCUAGAUAAU